AUGGAAGAACUAGCAUUAUUAGUGAGACAGCGCGGUAGAGUUCGAGCGAGACUCACGGCUUUUAAAACUUUUUUGGCAAAGCUUAACGACAAUCCGGAAAAGAUAGUCGAAAUACGUAGUCGAAUAGAAAAGGCUGAACAAUUAUGGAUAGAAUUCGAUACAAUUCAAAAUAAAAUUGAAGAUAUUGAUGAUUCUGAUAUACAAGAAUCAGAAAGAAUAACGUUUGAAGAUUUAUAUCAUGAAUUAUUGUCUAAAGCUCGCACAAUAUCGAUGAUUGAAGGCUCAACUUCUUCGGCUACUAAUUUUAAUAUACAGCCUAUCGCGCAAAACGAUCCAUUGAUUGUUCGUCCAAUGGUAAAAUUGCCUAAUAUUGAUUUACCAAAAUUUGAUGAAAAUUAUGAGAGGUGGAUACCUUUCAGGGAUUUGUUCGAGUCACUUAUCGCGUCGAAUGUUGUAUUACUCAAUGUGCAAAAAUUACAUUAUUUAAGAUCUGCAUUGACAGGCGAAGCCGCCAAAGUGAUAGACUCAUUAGAAAUUAGUAAUGAUAAUUACGCGGUAGCAUGGAAUUUAUUAAAGCAAAGAUUUGAAAAUAAGAGAUUAAUAGUACAAUAUCUUAUUCAAAAGUUACUUGACAUUCCAGCUAUCACUAAAGAGUCACAUGCAGAUCUUAGACAAUUGGUGGAUAAUAUUUCACAAUAUACACAGUCGUCAAUAAACUCGGCCAACCUGUAG